AUGGCUAAUCCAUACGAGAGCAUCGCCAUGCAACCCAGAAACACAGAGGGGCCACCUCAUGAUCUCGACUUGAGACACUCUCGCAAGCUGAUGUCCCUUAUCCGACGAGAGAAGUAUGAUGAACUGCGGAUGGAAUUCCAGAAGACGGAACCCGUCAACUUCAUGGAGGACCCUUUGCUCAGCGUGGUGAUCGCUUGCAAGAAGACCAGCCUCGCCAUGAGGCUUAUCCGUGACCUGACGACGGAUCAACUCAUGCAGUAUAACUUCAAGGGCGACACGGCUCUUCAUGUCGCUGCCGCCGUGGGUGACUGCCAAGUGGCCAAGGAGUUGUUUACCAGGAAAGGUGAACUCGUCGGUGUACGGAACCAUAAUAUGGAGACACCGCUGCAUAAGGCGGCGCUCUACGGGAACUGGGACAUGUUCUUCCGGCUGUUAAGCGCCGGUAGCGACCUGUUCGCUCGGAAGGAGGACGGCAACAACGUCCUUCACUGUGCCAUCAUGGGCAAUGCGCCGGAGCUUGCGAUGGAGAUUGCAAGACGAGCGCCAGUGCUGAACUUCUUGAGGAAUGCUGACGCCGUCACCCCGUUGCAGCUGAUGGUGACCAUUCCCGAGUUAUUCCGAAGCCAAACACCACUUAGUCCCCUCGAAUCCUUGCUCUAUGAUUGGAUUCCUUUGGAACGGCAGGACUCUGGUGUGAUAAAUCCUGGAGAUGUAGAGAAGCGUGUUGGAGAUACAGAAGAAGAAGAAGAUGAUGUUGGAAAUGGUUCAAAAAUCCCAUCUCACUACAGCACUCUCUUUGACCUAUUGGAAUUGUUGAAGAUCCCAGCCGGCUGGAUUCUACUACUUGUUUACCGAGUUUGUAGGCAACUGUCGCCUACCAUGGAACGACUGGAGAAGCUAAAGAGACAUCAUAAAGCGGCUAUGGUACUUAUCGAGCUCUUAGCCACAUCAGGAUACUUCGAUUUCCUUCUCAGCGGUCGCAGCGGAAUAGAUUCCAGUGACCCAAUGAAACAAGUUCCCGCUGAAUCAGUGAUGGUGGCGACGAUGAUGGUGUCGGGCGAACCUGAUACGGAGACCGAACGACUGGAAACGGAGGAUCGCCCAUCUGAGAGGGGAGAUGCAAGUGCAACGCAAGGGCAAAACAAAGAUAAGCGCCCAGACAUAAGAUGGCACGAGUCCCCGUUGAUCACCGGUGCCAAAAUGGGCCUCCAUGACUUCGUCCGGAAAAUUCUACAAGUAUGCCCACACUCAGCAACGUAUCUCGACACGCACGGCACAAGUGUUCUUCAGGCGGCCAUCAAAUACGGUCGCAAAGAGAUCGUGGAAACUAUCGUUGAGAUGACUCAGGGCGACCUCCCCGUUCUACCCGCCUGGCUACUGUCCAGCAUCGACGCGGAGUCCCGAAACACCAUCCUGCAUUUUGCUUCUGACAAAACCCCUUAUGCCCAGGCAGAUGCAGUCCAACUCCAAGAUGACCUUAAAUGGUUCGAGAAGGUGGCAAAGAUUGUUCCCAAAGAACUGGCCAACAGUCGAAAUAGCGAAGAGAAGACAGCACAAGAACUGUUCGCUGAGAAGCACCAGAAGAUGUUCGAGAACUGCAGGGACCAACUGAUAGACAUGGGGAAGACAUGUUCCGGCCUUCUGACAGCCGUGGUUUUCGCAUCCAGCUUCUCCAUCCCCGGCGAGAAGGACCCCAAGACCGGCAACCCAGUUUACUACGACAUGCCUGCCUUCAAGGUCUUCUCCCACGCCUACGUCAUCGGCUUGUCCUGCGCCGUCACCUCGCUGGUGUUGUUCUUAUCCCUCGUCAUCUCACCUUACUCCCAGCGGCAGUUCCGUCUGGCCAUCCCCGUCAAGUACUUCUUUGCCAUCCUUUCUUUUGCCAUGUCCCUGCUGGCUCUCAUGGUGUCAUUCGCCUGCAACAUCUUCCUCCAGAUCUACGGUGGGCAGCCGACGACCACAAGGGACCUGCUUCCACUUGUACUGGAGCUCACCGUGUUUCCCACCCUCUGCCUCCUUGCGCUGGUCUAUUACGGCGCCAAUCUUUUUCCAUCUUUUCGUCGCAUUUGGACGUAGUCGAUACGCAUAUCGUACGUUCCGCCUUUGUUAUGUUUUACUCAUCUGUACGUCCGGUGCGUUUUGACGAUGGUGUGUGAUGCAUUUCCAGGAUGCGAUAAUAAUA